AUGGCAAGCAAGACAACCAUCUUUGAUCUGCAUGUGGAGAUACUCGACAUCGUCCUCACCCAUCUGGACUACGAGUCCAUCGCUGCCUUCCGACAAACUUGUCCUCUGGCAGUGGCAAUGGUGCCGCUGACCAAGAUAAUGCGACUCCGCCAGCAAAUUAGAGCCUCGCUCCUCGAACAAGAACAUGCUGACCACCAGCGCCGUCAAGAGGCAUUUACGAACCAACGUCGCUGGGCAGUCGUUUUCCCGCAGUCCGUUCAGGGCACUGCAGCAAACACCACCAACGAAUUCAACAACAUUCACCGCAACCGAAUCACCAGGGCAGAGCGGUUGAACUGUUACGCGUGCCUGAAGCAUCUGCCGCGGGAGUGCUUCGUGAAGGGCCAAGUCACGGGGAGUCGGAGCCUGGGCCACAGAGACGGCCAUAGACGGUUUUGCAAGGCGUGUGGAGUGAAGAAAGGGAUCUGGGAGAAGGGGGCGAUCAUCAAAGAUGGGGGAUGUGCCUUGGUUGUAUGCAAGGUGUGCAAUUUGCUGGGGAGGGUGGAUGCGGAAGGCAAGAAGAUUGGGAUCUGUUCGGUGUGUCUGGCUGCGUCCCAAGAGACUCCACUUGACGCGGAGAGACAGGUUACCUCCCACCCCAGUCCAUCCCAGCCAGGCAGUCGAGCGACCCGAUGUCUGCGAUGCUGGGCUAUUGAUCACACUGCGGUGCCUGCUGGGUCGACGGAGUCUCGCGUCUGCCUGUCCUGUGAAGCUGCCUGUCGGGUUGGCAAAAACGGCACUUGA